UCGUCGUAUAACGACAAUUGUACUAUUACCCAUCAUCGUGUUUCAGUCUGACAAGUCACAAACCAAACACAUUUGCUCUCUUCAAAGUUCAAACCUCAUAACACAAAAUUGGAACAAAAGAAAGUUGAAAUCUUUGUCAUCAUCCGUCAAUGGCGAGCAGCAGGAGAGCUUUGCAGAGUGUGUUGGGCUUCAACAGAGUGAUCUGGACUGGACGGAGGAGCUUCGGGGCUGUUCCUCAAGGCAGUGCCUAUUCAUCUUCUCAGACCCUCAUCAACUCUGAAUAUGAACACAGUGCCCACAAUUACCACCCGAUUCCAAUUGUAUUCUCUCAAGCGAAGGGAUCAUGCAUAUGGGAUCCCGAGGGAAACAGAUAUCUGGACUUUCUUGCAGCUUACUCUGCUGUUAAUCAGGGUCAUUGUCAUCCAAAGAUCAUGAAGGCAUUACAAGAACAGGCAGAAAGGCUCACUCUUAGUUCCCGAGCUUUCUAUAAUGAUAGAUUUCCAGUAUUUGCUGAGUAUCUAACAAGCAUGUUUGAUUAUGAUAUGGUGCUGCCUAUGAACACUGGUGCGGAAGCUGUAGAAACAGCUUUAAAGUUGGCAAGGAAAUGGGGUUAUGAGAAGAAAAAAAUUCCAAAAGAUGAGGCUAUUAUUGUCUCAUGUUGUGGCUGCUUCCAUGGUCGUACAUUGGCAGUCAUUUCUAUGAGCUGUGACAAUGAGGCAACCCGAGGUUUUUGGCCCUUAGUGCCAGGACAUCUUAAAGUUGAUUUUGGUGAUGCAGUUGGCCUUGAAAAAAUCUUUAAAGAGAAUGGAGAUCGAAUUGCUGGAUUUCUUUUUGAACCCAUUCAAGGAGAGGCUGGGGUUAUAAUUCCUCCAGAUGGUUAUUUGAAAUCUGUCAGAGAUCUAUGCACAAAAUAUAACAUUUUGAUGAUUGAUGAUGAAAUACAAUCUGGUUUAGCACGGUCAGGGAGAAUGCUGGCUUGUGAUUGGGAAGAAGUUCGCCCAGAUGUAGUGAUUCUAGGAAAAGCAUUGGGUGGUGGUGUGAUACCUGUAAGUGCGGUGCUUGCAGACAAAGACAUUAUGCUCUGUAUCCGACCUGGAGAGCACGGAAGUACCUUUGGUGGUAAUCCGUUGGCCAGUGCUGUUUCUAUUGCCUCACUAGAUGUAAUAAGAGAUGAGAGACUUGCUGAAAGAUCUGCCCAAAUGGGAGAAGAGCUGAGGAAUCAGCUAAACAAGAUUCAGCAGAAGUACCCAAACUACAUUAAGGAAGUUCGAGGAAGAGGUUUGUUCAAUGCUGUGGAGCUCAAUAGCAAAAACUUGUCCCCUGUUUCUGCUUAUGAUAUCUGUCUAAAGUUGAAGGAGAGAGGAGUUCUUGCCAAGCCAACUCAUGAUACUAUUAUCAGAUUGACUCCUCCACUCUCCAUAAGUUUGGAAGAGCUCGAAGAAGGAUCAAAGGCAAUCUCAGAUGUUCUGGAACAUGAUCUACCUAAGAUGCAGAAGGAAAAACCAGAAAACAUCUCUUCAACUGCUUCCAACAUAUGUGACCGUUGUGGACGAAACUUGUACUGACUCUUCUAACGGCAAUCUCUGAAAACAUCUCUUUGACUGUUCCUAACAUAUGUGACCAUUAUGGACAAUACAAGUACGAUUCUUCUCACAACAAUCUUGAAUCCUCUGUUCUUGUGAAUCAUUUUAUCAAUAAAUUGGUAUUGUCCCAAUUGUCA